UCCUCUUUUCCGGUCGGCGUGGUUCGCGGCUGGAAGUCGCUGGCGCCCCGGCCUUCACCAUGAGCGUCCCUGCCUUCAUCGAUAUCAGUGAGGAAGAUCAGGCUGCUGAGCUUCGAGCUUACCUAAAAUCGAAAGGAGCUGAAAUUUCUGAAGAAAACUCAGAAGGUGGUCUUCAUAUAGAUUUAGCUCAGAUUAUAGAAGCCUGCGAUGUGUGUCUGAAGGAAGAUGACAAAGAUGUGGAAAGUGUGAUGAACAGUGUGGUGUCCCUCCUCUUGAUCUUGGAACCAGACAAGCAAGAAGCUCUGAUUGAAAGCCUGUGUGAAAAGCUAGUCAAAUUUCGAGAAGGAGAACGCCCAUCUCUGAGGCUGCAGUUGCUAAGCAACCUUUUCCAUGGGAUGGAUAAGAAUACUCCUGUACGAUACACAGUGUACUGUAGCCUCAUUAAAGUAGCAGCAUCCUGUGGAGCUAUCCAGUACAUCCCAACUGAGCUGGAUCAAGUCCGAAAAUGGAUUUCUGACUGGAAUCUCACCACUGAGAAGAAGCACACCCUUUUAAGGCUGCUUUACGAGGCACUAGUAGAUUGCAAGAAAAGUGAAGCUGCUUCAAAGGUCAUGGUGGAAUUGCUGGGAAGUUACACAGAAGAUAAUGCUUCUCAAGCUAGAGUUGAUGCCCACAGGUGUAUUGUCCGUGCAUUGAAAGAUCCAAGUGCAUUUCUUUUUGACCAUCUUCUUACUUUAAAACCAGUGAAGUUUUUAGAAGGCGAGCUUAUUCAUGAUUUGUUAACCAUUUUUGUGAGUGCUAAAUUGGCAUCAUAUGUCAAGUUUUAUCAGAAUAAUAAAGACUUCAUUGACUCACUUGGCCUCUUACAUGAGCAGAACAUGGCAAAAAUGAGACUGCUUACUUUUAUGGGAAUGGCAGUGGAAAAUAAAGAAAUUUCCUUUGACACAAUGCAGCAAGAACUUCAGAUUGGGGCUGAUGAUGUUGAAGCAUUUGUUAUUGAUGCUGUAAGAACUAAAAUGGUCUACUGCAAAAUUGAUCAGACCCAGAGAAAAGUAGUUGUCAGCCAUAGCACACAUCGGACAUUUGGAAAACAACAGUGGCAACAACUGUAUGACACACUUAAUGCCUGGAAACAAAAUUUGAACAAAGUGAAAAACAGCCUUCUGAGUCUUUCUGAUACUUAAAUUUUUAUGCAUAUAAAAUAAAAUUAUAUCACAGUAAAACAUUAUUGACUGAAA